GACGGUCGCAGUUCCCGGCGUGAUUCGGCCCGCUGUCCUCCGCCGCCACCCGCUGUCCUCCGCCGCCACCCGCUGUCCUCCGCCGCCACCCGCUGUCCUCCGCCACCACCCGCUGUCCUCCGCGUCCAGCCCUCGGCGCCGGCAUGACGGGCUCGCUGUUCAAGGCAAACUUCUGGAACACGGACUUUCUCAGCACUAUCGGCUAUGACAGCAUCAUCCAGCACCUGAACAAUGGCCGCAAGAACUGCAAGGAAUUUGAGGAUUUUUUAAAAGAACGGGCAGCAAUUGAAGAGAAAUACGGCAAAGACCUGUUGAAUCUCUCCAGGAAGAAGCCAUGUGGACAGUCCGAGAUCAAUACAUUGAAGAGAGCCCUCGACGUCUUUAAGCAGCAGGUAGACAAUGUAGCCCAGUGUCACAUCCAGCUUGCGCAGACUCUAAGAGAAGAGGCCAAGAGGAUGGAAGAAUUCAGGGAAAAGCAAAAGCUACAGCGGAAAAAGACAGAAACUAUAAUGGAUGCUCUCCACAAACAGAAGAUCACAUACUACAAGAAGACCAUGGAUGCCAAGAAGACUUACGAGCAGAAGUGCCGGGACAAGGAUGAGGCGGAGCAGGCUGUCCAGCGCAAUGCCAAUGCGGCCAACCCGAAGCAACAAGAGAAGCUUUUUGUGAAACUGGCAACUUCAAAGACCGCAGUAGAGGAUUCAGAUAAAACCUACAUGCAGCACAUCAACACGCUGGAGAAGGUCCGAGAAGACUGGCAGAGCGAGCACAUUAAGGCCUGCGAGGUGUUUGAGGCUCAAGAAUGUGAGCGUAUCAACUUCUUCCGGAAUGCGUUGUGGUUACAUCUGAAUCAGCUGUCACAGCAGUGUGUCACUGAUGAUGAAAUGUAUGAACAAGUCCGUAAGAGUUUGGAACUGUGCAGCAUUGAAAAGGAUAUUCAAUAUUUUGUGAACCAGCGUAAAACUGGACAUACCCCGCCAGCACCCAUCAUGUAUGAGAAUUUCUACUCUUCUCAGCGGAAUGCAGCCCCACAAGGAAAGACUACAGGGCCCAAUGUAGCAAGGAGAGGACCUCUCCCAGUUCCUAAACAUCUACCAGAAGACCCAGAUUACUCCUUGGUGGAGGACUACACUUUGCUCUAUCAGUAGCGCCAGCGGUGAAAAGAAAGCUUUCUCCACUUACUGCUUCUAUGGCGUGAAAAGAGGCCCUGAGAGCAGCACAGUUCAUAACCAGAUUGUGUCAAUCAUGAAGACUUGGAUGUGAACUCUUCUUGAAAAUUUUUUGAUGUUUUAAAUUUAUAGUAGACAUUGACUCAACCUAGCCAAGUAGAGGUCUGCAGAGUUCUUUUUUUUUCUUCUCAGAAAGUUUACAUAGUGCCCCAGAAGGAAGAAUUAUUAUUUCUUGUUUAGUUGCUAA